AUGAAAUACUGCUGUACCAGUUGUCUGCUACAAGAGUGCGACCCUUCGUCAAGUAAUGGCUCAGAUAAAGAAGCAACAACAGAUCCGGGGUGGUCUAAUCCAGAUGAGAAAGAGAAAGCAAGACUGGAAAUACAUGCUGCAAUAAGAGACGCUGUUACGCAAGGGGAUGCCAGUUCUGUUCAGCAAUUGCUACUCUCUCUACAGAACGAUGCCGAACUCAUUGUCAACAUGGCUCCAAGUGGAGCCAACACUCUGUUAUUUACAGCUUGCCAAAUAGGAAACAAAGAAAUUGUCAAAAUAUUGCUGGAUCAAGGAGCGGACGGUAGGUGUCACUCGGUGACAAAGUACUCUCCUCUUUAUAUAGCCUGCUACAGUGGACACAGAGACAUCGUUGAGUUGUUGCUGUUGAGGUUUCCUGAAUUAGUUCAUAUUCACACAGUAGAAAGAUGGCUACCAAUUCAUGCCUGCUGCAUAAACGGACACGUCAGUGUCUUAGAGCUUUUGUUUCAUUUUCCGUAUCCGACUCAAGUGCAGAAAAAGUACCGGGUUAAAGCCACCAGAAUAACUCCGUCUGAUGACGAUGAUAUUACCCCCAGUUCUGAAACCGCAUCUAUUGUAAGUCCUACACGUAGAAGAAUAUCAGAUGGUAUCAUAUCUAUCAUGUCCAGGCUCAAUUUUUCCAGAGAAAAUUCCUCAGAAACCUCAGAGACUGACCCGAAUACAAAAAUGAUUUGCCCCUUGAGGAUCGACACUUAUUGUAACAAUAAUACGGAAACCGCUCUGCAUGCAGCAAUAAAAGGAAAGCAGUACGACAUAGUUUUGGCUCUGCUGAAGUCCGGAGCCAGCGCCAAUUCGGUUAUAAAGGCCUACCAUGACAUAAACGAGACUUUGACUUGUUGUUCUGUCGAAGAUGAUUCCAAUUUUGGGCAGUCCACUGGUCUAGUAGAAGCUUGUCGCAACAGAGACGUUCCUGUCGUUGAUUUACUGUUGAAACAUGGAGCUAGAGACGACGAAUGCAAAGCCCUAGCGGUUGCCGUUGAAAACAAUGACGAGACACUGAUAGCCAAAUUGCUCUCUACAAAGGCUCAUCCGGACCCAGAGUACAAAAUUAACAAAAAAGCCAUGACGGAAAAUGUCAAUUCCUCCCAGUUUACAAUAUUCUCGAACGUAACUAACUUGACGUAUUCGUCCUUGUUCCCGAACACCCCCACCAUGAUCAACUGGCAUAACCAAAAGUGCAAUUUAACGCAAAUCAAAACGCAGUGGCUAAUCGACGCAGCCCUACACCUCAAUCCGAAGUUGAAGCAGAAUCCCAGGAACUACGAUAUUUCUUUAUACGCCAUCACGAGGCUGGACCUGUCCAAUAAUAAUUUGACUUCGGUACCGUUGGCUGUUUUUCAGCUAUAUUCCUUAAGAUUCCUGAGUCUGGCUCAAAACAAAAUCGAAAAACUGCCCAUUCCCGUAUCAUCACCGACGAAGAAGGGACACAAGCGAAAGCAUUCGAACCCUUCGGACCAAAAGUACUCCUGCCCAGUGCUGGAAGAGCUGUACCUGCAGGACAACAGACUGGAUCACAUACCGGAAGCAAUAUUCAAACUGCCCUCAUUAGUCACUCUAGUCAUAUCGAACAAUAAGUUACAACAACUGCCCUACGAAAUGUGGGUAGCGCCGAAGCUGAAGGAGAUGAACGCCGCUUUUAAUUUGAUCCGGGAGCUACCGUCUAGCCCUCUAGAGAGUAAAGAAGAUCUAGAUAAGAUGAGCGUAAGUUCCAGCGACAGCCAAUUAUCUAGCCACGCAGAGCAAGAUUCAGAAUCUGAAUUAUCAGAUUUCGAUAUCGAAACAAAAUUGAAUUUGAGUGACGAUGGAGUGCAAGCAGUAAGAUACAGAAAGAAGGAGAGAUCUUACGUUCAUAUGGACUUGGUAAAGCAUCACAUUUGGAACAAAAGUGUAGAAGUAACAGAACAGAUCCUCCACAAUGACGAUACAUCCACUGAAGCCUCCUCCCAACUGUCUUCACUCAACCUGGCUCACAAUCUCUUCACCAGCAUUCCCGUGGUCAUUCCUUGCUUGGCGGUGAACCUCACUAGGCUCAACAUGGCGUUUAACUCACUGAGAUCAAUGUCACAUAUCACUAGUUACCCAAGUUCGCUCAAACAACUCGACCUAAGCCAUAACCAGAUAACUGUGUGGCCUAGUUUGCCUCAAAUUGAGGCCCAGGAUAAUAUGGAGUUGGCCAAUUUGGCAUGCUACAUGACUACUACUGCUUUUAGGGGAAAGACACCAGAUAUUGUUAUACGAAGACAACCAGGUCGAUCGCUAAGACACAGUGUAUUACAUUCUGUAUGUUCUCAUAGAAGGCAUCUGAGGUUAGACAACUUGAGGACCCUAAUACUAGCUGACAAUCAGCUGACUAGGAUACAGCUAGCCACAGAUGAUGAUGGUGAUAUUAGCAGCACUGACGAUGAAGAUCUUGAACGGGGCUCCCAAAUUGGCAAAUCUCGGUUGAUGUUUCCAAAUCUCUCUAUGCUAGAUAUUAGUAAUAACAAUUUGAAGGAGAUCCCACCAAAUAUUAACGACCUAAACAACCUCUCAGUUUUGAACAUAAGCGGUAAUCUGGACAUAAACGAACUCCCACCACAGAUGGGCUUGCUAUCUCGGCUGUGGAACCUCAACACGCGCGGCACCAACCUUCAAGAUCCGCUAAAGUCUAUGAUAGAAAGUAAAAAAUACAAAACGAUGGACAUUAUCGGCUACCUCAAGUCCGUUUUGGAAGACGCCAAACCCUACGCCAGGAUGAAAUUGAUGAUUGUCGGCGUGCAGGGCAUUGGAAAGACAAGUUUAUUGGAACAAUUAAGGCAGGAGGGAGUCACGAGGCGACGACCAGAGCACUGGGCGAAACGUAUGGGCAACAAAAAUAUAAAUGUAAAAACAUCGAGAGGUUCCAACAUGUCCACUGUAGGAGUUGAUAUCGGUGAUUGGGUCUACGAGAAAAAAGUGAGGCUGCAAUCCUCGCACGGACCAGUAGUGUUCAGAACGUGGGACUUCGGAGGACAAAAGAGUAAGUUUACUACAAAUCUGUCUUCCUAUUGUAUGUCCGAUCGUGUUUUUUGUCUCUACUUUAGAUACUAUGCCACUCACCAAUACUUUCUAUCAAAGCGCAGCCUAUAUCUGGUAGUUUGGAGGAUAACAGACGGGCAUCGAGGCAUAAACGAAAUCCUCCAAUGGUUGGUCAACAUCCAAGCUCGCGCUCCAAACUCGCCGGUUAUAAUAGUCGGCACUCACUAUGACGUCAUUCAAGAAUUCAACCCGAACAUCUCCGAAGAGUACCAACAGAUCAUCAGGGAUCGAUUUAUCAACGUUGUUGAUGCCGAGAAGUGCGGCUUGCCUAGAGUUUUAGACACCAUAGAAAUCAGCUGUAAAACUAGGCAUAAUAUAAAGUUGUUGUGCAAUUUAAUAUAUGACACUGUUUUUAGUUUGAGGCCACCUGGUAGUAAAGAAUUGCUUCUGGAACAAAAAGUUCCUGCUACGUAUUUGGCGCUUGAAGAUGUUAUAAACUACAUUGCGGCAGAAAGGAAAGUGAACGGUUUGGAUCCGGUACUGACCGCCGAACAGUACAGAAACUUGGUGACCACCGAAAUGCUUCAGAGGUACAAUAAGACCUUCAGAGAUUGGUCCGAGUUACACCAGGCCACGCUAUUUUUACAUGAAAACGGGUUUUUACUCCAUUACGACGAUGCCACGCUUAAAGAUCUGUAUUUCUUGGAUCCUCAAUGGUUGUGCGAUAUGCUGGCCCAUGUCGUUACUAUACGAGAAAUCAAUCCGUUUGCACGUACAGGCGUGAUGAAAUUGGACGACCUGAAACACAUCUUCAAAGCUAGUAACAUCGGACCAAUGGAUACGAGAGUUAUUCCACCAGAAGAAGUCCAGUACCAACUAAAAUCGAAAGCGUCAGACAAAUCCAUGACCCGUUUACUCCUAAUGUCGUACUUUCCCUCGGGUUUUUGGUCGCGGCUGAUCUCCCGCAUUCUAGCCGACGAUACCAUAAUAGACAUAAUCAGAUCUUUCUUCAUAUUGCCGAAGGAUGCGGCUCAAGAUGCACAGCUAGCCAAAGUUUUGGACCUGAAAGCCGAAUGGGUGCUCUGGCAGACUGGAUUGCAGUUAAAGUAUGGAGAUAUCACUCUGUUUCGGAUGAAAGAAGUGUUGCACAACUCUGCUGCUUACUAUAGACAAUUAAAGUUUCGACUGAAACAAGAAGGUGUGUGGUCUGAAAUCGACUUCCAGAACUGUUCCAUUUUGGAGAUACACUUUCCAGUUGAAUCUUUGGUUGUUCAACCGUUAUUCAACGAGAACUGUCACAUUGACGAUUAUAAGAUUAAAGACGAACUGGUGAUAGAACCUUCCACCGAAUGCACUGCCCAACUUUUAGCUUUAACUGUGGAUCAUAUCGAUAUUCUUCUAGAAGAUUGGUAUCCCACUCUCGGUACCAGAUUUGUUCACACUUCCGAAGGGAAGUUCCUGAUAACGCGCCUUAUUCCAUGCCCUAGUUGUUUAAGUGCGUCCACCGACAACGAACAUAACUUGCAUGAUUUUCCUCCCUCCAGUAGCCACCUAUUAGAGCCGCUUCAACAGGAAAAUGAACAUUCAGGCCACCACGAUUUGCACAGGAUCCGAAAAUCCCAAGAAUCAUAUACUUCCGAAUGUGAUAGUGGCGUUGGACCAGAUUCAGCGAGCUCCAGUCGAAUACCGUCAGUGGAAGGCCAUCCUGGUGUCCAACAAGAAGAAGAUAAACCCGUGAUAUACUCAUGGAUGGUAGAAGAAUGUAUCCUGGAAGCGUACGGCAGCAAAACAGUCGUUUGUCCCACUCACGGUGAUUGCUCGUUAGUAAGAAUUGCCGGAGAUACGAUUUUUAUGGAUUUGGGCGAGAGGUACAUCAUUAGACCCGAAAAUAUUAAGAAAGGUAGAUUAUUGGGACGCGGAGCUUUUGGUUUCGUCUUCAAAGGUUCAUGUAAGAUAAGAGGGUCCAAUAAAACGAUGGACGUGGCUAUGAAGAUGCUACAGCCUGUUCAACCCGGCCCCAAUGCUCGGCAAUCCGCAGUUAUAGCCUUUAAGGCUGCUCAGGGCAAAUGGGACAGAGAUCCUUUACAGUACGCCUGUAAAGCGUAUUGUACGGCUAGACAGGAGUUAAACAUUCUCUUAUCUCUUAAACAUCCAAACAUAGUACCUUUUGUGGGAGUAUGCACCAGUCCUCUUGCUCUGGUACUUGAUUUGGCUCCUCAAGGAGCUUUAGAUCUGGUGCUAAGGCAUUAUAGAAGAUCAGGAGCUAAAGUAGGACCUUACACUCUUCAAGCCAUCAUUUUGCAAGUAGCCAAAGCUAUCGAGUACCUGCAUAGACAACAUAUCAUAUACAGGGACCUAAAAUCGGAGAAUGUGUUGGUUUGGGAGAUGCCUCCGCCUUUUGUAGACCACCCGGAACAUCCUGUUCACAUUAAAGUUGCAGAUUAUGGUAUUAGUAGACUGACGUUACCUUCUGGUACUAAGGGAUUUGGAGGCACCGAAGGCUUCAUGGCACCCGAAAUCAUGAGAUACAACGGGGAAGAAGAAUAUACUGAAAAAGUGGACUGUUUUUCCUUCGGCAUGUUUGUGUACGAGCUUCUAACUUUACAUCAACCGUUCGAAGGUCACGAGUCAGUCAAGGAGUGCAUUCUGGAAGGCGGUAGGCCAGCUUUGACUUACAGGGAAACUUUGUAUCCCAGCUACUUUUUGGAUCUAAUGGUACUGUGUUGGUCCCAACAACCGAAGGACAGGCCUUCUGCAAGCCAGAUCGUUUCGAUAGCAAGCGCACCUGAAUUCACCCAUCUCUGUGAUGUAGUCUCAUUGAAACAUCAAGCCCCGGUUGUAGCUACGACCAAGCAAACGACGGACGAAAGUUGUUUCUUCUAUACCUUAGACAGCCAACCAAAUACACAGGUGGAGGCCUUGUUGUAUUUGCCAUCACUGAAGAGAGUAGCAUGCGCCUUGUCUAAUGGUAGGCUGUUUUUGGUCAACUCCGAAUCCAAACCAUUGACGCCGACUGCUGCAGAAGGUUCCUUCGUUAUGACAGAGCUGGGUUCCAUGUCUGCCAUCAACUGUAUGUGUGGUAUAUUCGAUCAAAAAGAAGGGUCUUGUGAGUUAUGGUGUGGCGAAUCUGACGGUCAAAUUUCCAUCUACACCAUUAAAGAUCAAGUAGUAGCCGGGCACGAGCUCGUCAACCAUUACCAACCAGUUAUCGCCAAAGUUGACGUUAUGAACAUCAUUGCAGUCGAAAGUAACGUCUGGUCAUACGUGAGACCCCAUUGCGUCGUCUACCAGUGGGAUUCCAAGACGAAAACCAUCAUAAACAAGCUGGACUGUUCCAAACUAGUACCUUGUUCUGAAAGCCUCAAAUCCAUAGCUAUUGAGGAACAUCUGAGCCCGAGCAACUGCCAGGUAACCAGCCUGGUCGCCCUCAACGACGAGCUUUAUAUCGGUACGACCUGGGGCUGCGUCAUCAUAGCUGAACGGUUCACUCUUCGACCCAUAACUAUCUUCCGUCCAUACGAAGAGGAAGUUAGAGCCAUCGUACCUCUGCACACGGGAAAAAGUACUCAAGGAACGCAAGAAAAGGUACCUCUAAUUGCGACGAUCGGUAGGGGGUACCGGAAUCUACUGUCUAGGUACACUGAUGUACCUAUAAGUACCGGAACCCCUUUACCGAGUCCCAUGAUGGGAGCUAUGGUUCCGCCGACUGUCAAACCUAACAUGUUUGUUUUGUUAUGGAGGGCAGAACAUUGGAAUGCUGUUUGA